CUUUAAGACGGAUAUAGACCGCAGCUCCCCGGCUCCGCGUCGACGAUGUCGCGCGUUGCAUCUCAUCAGUAAUUUCACACUUCACAGCUGCUGGACAGAUCAUUUUCCUCCAUCGUGAUUUCAAGAGGUUAAUUAGUACAAAGUGUCCUGAGACGGUUUCAGUCGCAGAGGAGGAGGAGAAAUGCGACACCGAGCCCAGCCGGCAGGCUCUGUGGUGCGUAAUUGAUUCGGCCGUCCUGCACGCCAGCUGGGCUGUGUGUGUUACCUGCACUGGAAGCAGUAAUCACAAAUGAGCUGUCAUGGAAGACAAGCGUAAGAAACGCAGCCCAAAGGUGUCCCUCCCUCAGCCUCCUCCGCCACCCAUCAAUCCCCGCAAGCUCUCCGUCCUUCCUGCCAGCAAGAGUGCCACCUUCUCCCUCGGCCUGCCACAGCCUCCCUCCCCCAAGAACAGGAGCAAGUUUAAGAGAUCCAUAGGAGCGCCGGGACAGCCGAAAGAGGCGUUCACGCCUGUAGUAGCCCCACCAAAGACAACACGACCACACAGGGAGAAACCCAAGGCGCCGCAGCCGGCAGGGCCCAGUAAAGUGGUCCAGUCUCCCCCCCUGCAGCACUCCUUUCUUACAGAUGUCUCGGAUGUGAGAGAGAUGGAAGGAGGCCUCCUGAACCUCCUCAAUGACUUCCACUCAGGCAAAUUACAGGCGUUCGGAAAGGUUUGCUCCUUUGAGCAGCUGGAACACGUGCGGGAGAUGCAGGAGAAACUGGCACGGCUGCACUUCAGCCUCGACAGCCACGUGGAGGAGCUUUCCGAGGAUCAGAGGAAGGGUGCUUCCGAUCUCAACCUGGAACACCUGCUGUGCAACCUGGAGGAGCUCAGCACCUCAAUACAAAAGCUCCACUUGGCCGAGAAUCAAGACCUGCCCAAGACAUCUGGUCCCUGACAGAGCAAGGUGCUCAGAACGUUGAUGACGCGUUAAUCUUUUCUGAACAUCACAAAAAGAUAAAAAUAUCAAAAAGAACAGGUUACCAUGGCAUUAAACUAGUUGCCUUAGAAACGGGAGCAGGAAGGUCCAAAGGAGAUGGAGAUCAUCAUUUUUCCACUCAGUCAGUGGAGAUGAGAGGGCAUUCCAGUGACUGGAUGCAGCAGAGCAUUAAAUUAGAGCGCAACCAAAAAAAAAACAAAAUCAAACGCCUCAUUCAUAGCACAGAGACAUGACCGCAAACUAGUCUGAUGUUGAAAAAAAAAAUGCAUUUAUGUUUUGAACAUUUUCUUGGCAAAAGUGGGUUUGACUCAAAGAAAGAAAAAAAAAUCCAAAUUUUCUGUGACAAAAGAAGCACAUUUCAUGAGCUGUGAAUUUACACCGGCACAUUCAGUGCAUGUUGCUUCGUUUCAGACGGUGCAUCUGUGUUUAACUGGAAAACCUAUUUGACCCUUUAAACAGCAGCAUGUUGACUGCAGCAGAGGUUUUAAGGUAGCUUUGCUGUCUAUCAAUGUCUCCCACAGUUUUUUUUUAAAUCUUUGCUGGAAAACUGAUGCGAUUUAAGCUAAAUGUUGGAGAUCUACUGCACAAAAUGUUUUUUUUAAAUGUAUAUAUUGCUAAGGUAAUGUUUCAAAAUGUAAAAUUAGCUAUAUUUUCAUUAUGAGUUAGACUCAGAUCUCGCUAUAAAAAAUCUGUUUCAUACAGGAAAACCUCAUGGUAAGUAUGUACUCUCUGUACAGUGCCAUUUAAAAGUGGCAGCUACUUUGUGCAAAAUGUAUUGAACAAUGCAGUAAAUUAUAACUGAAUUGAAAAGGUGAAGCUUGUUUUUUAGAUCCAUUGCAUUGUGAUAAUUUGAGGAUUUAAAACAAAACGGAUUUUGAAUCAAUAAAUGUUGACCCAGUGUAAAGUAUGCUAAUGUAGUCUAUGCACUCGGAGCUCUUCUGAGUUGCUUCACAUUGCUUUCAUCUGUGGCUCUAGUGUCUUUUCUUCAUCUGAACUAUAAAUGUGUUGAGUUUGUUGGCCAAUCAAGUACAGUGGUACCAAACUUAUUAAACAAGGUAGCAGCACUGUUAACCAUGUUGGUAAGUGCCAACUUCUGAAAAAUGAAACCAUGUCUGUAAAGCUUGUAGGGUUGUUUCUGUUGCUUGUGGAGUUUUCUACCAGUUUUUUUUUUCCUUCCACUUAUCUUUCCAUUAGUAUUUUUUUAUGCAGGAUUCUGAAUAGCCAACUUUAGCAAUGAUGUUUUUUUUUGUGAACAGAGGUAUCCUUAUUGUUCUUGUGGAGGAUGACAAUAACUGUGGUGGACAGAUGUCAAGUCGGUGUUCUUCCCUGUGAUUGUGUAUCCCUUAGCUUAUACUUGAAAUAUUUCUUUCUGUAUAAAAGUUUGAUUUUAAUUAAGUCUUUUUUUUUGCAGUAUAACCUGGUGUCUCUUUAUAUUUUCUUUAAUUGAAAACUUGGACAUGUUUUAAUUUAUUGCAAUCCCUCUCCUACAAACUGUCAGGGCUGUGUGUCUCCAGUUGUCUUUUCCAGCAUAACUUUUAAGUUACUCAGAUUCUUCAAUUAAGAUGUUUGUCAUUUUGCAUUUAGGGGUUAAAAUUAAAAUGUAUGUGAAAAUGUAUACUGUUAAAAAAAAAAAAAAAAAAAAAAGCCAUGG